AUGGAUUGUUUCUGUUGCUUCAAUAAGGGUGCUGGAGGACGCCCUUCAUGUAGCUCUGGUAAGGGCAGGAGUCAUCUGUGCCCAGUUAAAUAUGGUUUUAGCCUAGUUAAAGGGAAAGCAAACCACCCAAUGGAGGACUAUCAUGUAGCAAAAUUUGUCAAGUGCAGAGGGCAUGAGUUAGGACUCUUUGCUAUAUAUGAUGGACACUUGGGAGAUAGUGUACCCGCCUAUUUACAAAAGCAUCUCUUUUGUAAUAUCUUGAAGGAGGAGGAGUUCUGGACUGAUCCUGCCAGUUCUAUCGUUAAAGCUUACGAGACAACAGAUCAGGCCAUUCUUUCUCACAGUUCUGAUUUGGGGCGAGGAGGAUCGACUGCUGUGACUGCAAUUCUUAUCAAUAAUCAGAAGUUAUGGGUAGCGAAUGUUGGAGAUUCACGAGCAGUUCUGUCAAGGAAGGGGGUGGCCAUACCGAUGACUAUUGAUCAUGAGCCAAAUACUGAGAGGGGCUUCAUCGAGAACAAAGGCGGUUUUGUCUCAAACAUGCCAGGAGAUGUUGCUAGAGUGAAUGGGCAGCUUGCAGUUUCUCGAGCAUUUGGAGACAAAAACCUAAAAUCACACUUACGAUCUGAUCCUGAUGUUCAUCAUGUUGAUAUUGACCCAGAUGCUGAGCUUUUGAUACUUGCUAGUGAUGGUCUUUGGAAGGUAAUGGCAAACCAAGAGGCAGUUGAUAUUGCAAGAAGAACAAAAGAUCCACAAAAGGCAGCAAAACAACUAGUUGCCGAGGCAUUGGACAAAGACAGCAAGGAUGAUAUUUCGUGCAUUGUAGUUCGUUUCAAGGGAUGA